GCAUCAGCAUACAGCAGGAGUUGAACUUUGUCCUCCUCCCAGACAGAAAAACAACAGGCAGAGUAUAAAAGGGGGGAGCAGUGGGGGAAGAGACUUGUUUUUGUUCAAGGAGUUGCAGCAACGAAGAACUGACUGAGCGGAGGGAAGGAAACUUUUUAACCAAAGGAUUGGGGCAGUGAGGAGGCACCAGAGGGAUGUGGGCGUGCCUCAGCCUGCUCCUCACUCUCUGCCUGCUCCACAGGGGCGAGGCAGAGAGUGACGGGGGCGGGCCUCGCUGUCAGCUGCCGCCGGCCUGGAGUAUAGGGGAGGAGGAGCCGAUGAAGGGGGCGAUGGGCCGGGUGACAGUGGUGGCGCUUUUCCAGGCCAGCUGACUGUUCUGCUUGGUGCAGGCUACCAGAUUGGACAGCCUGCGCCAGAAACUGGAAGGUCAGGGUUUGAAGGAUGUGGUCUACAUUGUUGUCAACCACCAGGGGGAGGAAGCACAGCGCCUGCACACUGUGCUGGCACAGAGAAUGACAGAGAACAUCACACUGUACAAACAGGACCCACAACAGCCUGAUGUCUGGCAGACACUGAGCGGAGAGAAAGAUGACUUUCUCAUUUAUGACAGAUGUGGCCGUCUCACCCACCACAUUUCACUUCCAUACUCCAUCAUUGGACAAGGUCAUGUUGAGGGUGCGAUCAGAGAUACCUACUGCAAACGCAUAUGUGGGGACUGCACUCAUGAGAGCACUGAGAGCCCAGAGGAGUGCAAAGUGAAAGCAGAUGCACAGCCUGACACAGAUGUUAAUCCAGCUGUAGAGGAGGAUACUGCACGUGGUCACGGUCAUCAUCAUGGGCAUGGUCACCAUCAUGGGCGCCACCAUGGUCAAAGGCAUGGCCACCAUGGGGAUAAUCAUCCCCAGGGUUUUGGCCACGGGCAGGAUCACAACCAUGGUCAUCACCACGGCCAUCAUGAUGGCACUGGCCAUGGCCAUGACCAUGGGCACAGUCAGCAAGGUCUCAGACCACAAGAGCAUGGGCAAGGUGGUGGGCAACAACAGGCAGAUUUAGGCCAGAUGCAGCAUGCAGUGCACACGCACCAGAUGUCACAUGAGGCCCAUGGAGCCCAUGUGAGGCCUUGAGUGCAAGAGAAGGCAAGGUGAAAGUCAAAGCACAGCUGACAGAUGACAGCAGGCUCUGACAAUGAAGCCUCUCCUAAGGUCAGCUGAUGCUGACACUGACGCAGGCUGUUUGGUGAAGCAGGGAGCGAGGAGCCGGUCGGUCUCUGACACUGUGACGAGGCGUUGCCCGCCUCCUGACAGUGACACGGACUGAUAGGCGAUGCAGCUAAUAAUGUUAGGGAGACCUGACAGUGACGCUCGCAUCCUGCUGACUGACAGCAGCCUCAGCCAGCCCAAUGAGCCUGACCCCCAGGUGUUGCGAGCUGAGGAUGAGAGCAGCUGUAAGCUGGCUCUGAUAUCAGCUUCAUAUUAACAUCAGACAGCAACACCGGGGGCCGAGAGCUCUUUUUACCAACAAGUAUUACCCUGGGAAAGGGUGGGGCAGUCCCUGACAGCAUGGAUGUGGGAUAGAUGAACAGGUGGAGUCACAACAUCACUUUGAUAAAAAUAUAGAAUACGGUAGAUGAACAAAUCAACUAAAGCACAAAUUGGUAUCUUGCUACAUUUGGCAACAGAUAUGCAAAUCAUUUUAUUUGCCUUAAAAUAUAUAAGCCGUGUCACCUUGUCUGUCAGUGGGUUGUUUUCAUCCUUUCUUAGGAGUGUAUGUGAUUGUCAUGUUCACAAAUUUCCCCCUCCAUUUUGCUCUCUCCAUCCUUUAUGAAACCAGGCGCAGAAACUACGCUCUAGUGGCGUCUGUUUGAAGUCCGGCAGGAGAGAGAGGAGAGGGUAGUCCAGGAACAUGACAAGCACUUAAAAUAUUUCCAAAAUGCAGAAUGAGAGGAUAUCUAAGGAAACAGGAAAAAAUGUGAUGGAACCUGCAAAUACUGCAAAAAUUCAUGAUUAAGGAAGAAUAAGGGAAGAUGCUAGUACAGUCCAUCAGAUUCUAUGAAUUCAAUAAUUACCAGAAAUCUCCAAAACCAUUUUUGUUGGGGAAACCUGAAAACACUGGCCCAUUACUGGGAAAAAAAAAAAAAAAAGGAAACCUAAAAAAGUUUAUACCAGUGAUGUGUUUGUCUGUACGGCAUGCUAUCAAUCAUUGUUCUUGAGCACAUACAAUGGCAAUAACUGCCAUGAAUGACUUUUCAUUUUGUUUUUGCUGAUAAUGCCCACAAGCUUAAACAUACGGUGUAUCUAUUUUCCACUUCCAACAUGCACAUUUCAGAUGUUGAGCUUUUUUUGUUUGUUUGUUUGCAUUUACUAGAUUUACAUUUAUGCAAGCUUGUUAAAAAAAAAAAAAUACAAGGCUCUAUUGUUGAGGAAAAGGCAGAGGGACAACGAGAGUGAAGCGAUGAAUGACUGUUGGAAUACACUCUGUACUUAAUGAUGGUUUCUGUGGGAAGAUAACAGUCACCCUGAAAACUUGAUGCCUGCACAGAGAACUGUAUUGUGUCGAGGUAAUGAAACACAUGGAUAAUGAGAGUUGAAUAAAGAUGGUUGAGUUGCUUUGUCA